ACGGGAUAAUGCUAUGGUGUGUUGACUGCAUGCUGAGGAAGUGCUUUCUGUCUGUCAACUUUUUGUCUCCAAAAGUUAGAAUGCAAAGUCAUUCUUUGCUCUGAGUUGUGUACAAUUACAACUUGACUUCUAUCACUGAAUUGAAACACUUUGGAGUAGCUACCAUGAAGGGUCAAAUCCUUGUUUUCUCCAUCGUUGGUUGUCCCCACUGUAUGAAAGCAAAAUUCACCUUAGGGGAGUUAAACCUACCCUACGUUGACGUCAGUGUGGACAAGUACCAGGAGUCGGUACGCAAAGACCUGGUGGAACGCACCGGCAAGCGAACGGUUCCCCAGAUAUUCUUCAACACACAUCAUGUCGGAGGCAACGAUGACCUUCAAGAAUUGGUGCAAGAUAAGGAAAGAUUACAGAAACUUAUUCAAGAAGUUGAGGAGAACGAGUCGCCGGCGGACGCACCUCAGGUUCCAGAUACAAGCUUAAAGAACACAUCAGGGACAGAUGGUGACUUUAACUUCACGUGUGAGCUGGACGAUUGUGCCUUACUUGUUAAAGAUCUAAGAGAGAGUGGUUUAAUAUCGGACCACCGACGGGGUCUGAAAGUUUACAAAGACUCCUUUGUUGGUCGCGAAUUCGUGGACUGGGUUGUAAAAACGAAAGACGUUGAUCGAAAAAGAGCAGUUGAGAUUGGCCAGGCCCUGAUCGAGCAACAUUUUGGCCGCCAUGUCAAGAACUCCAACGAUCUAGAGUUUGAAGACAGAGAUAAGAUCUACCGUCUGAUUGAGGAUGAUACGGCCACUGCACUCAACCAAGGCAUGAGUUCUCUAUGUGAGCCCAGACGAGCAUCUGAGCUUGGUGAGGAGUUACGAAGGCUCAUACUCGAUAUCUACAGUGAGCACCUCUCCAAAGAUGGCAAGGGCGUUGACUAUAAAGGUAUCCGUGACAACCCAAAGUACCAGUUGUACGUGAAGCACACUGCUGAGCUAGUACGUGUUGACAUCGCCUCGGCAACCAGGGCAGAGAAACUUGCCUUCUUUAUUAACGUGUACAACGCUUUGGUCAUCCAUGCCAACGUGCAGAACGGAUCACCGACCAAUCUCUGGCAGAGAUAUAAGUUCUUCAAUCGUACCUGCUACAUCAUCGGUGGUCACAUCUACUCCCUUCAAGACAUCGAGAAUGGAGUCCUCAGGAGUAACAGGAAGGGCAUCGGACAAUUCAGUCGCCCCUUCUCAAAGAGCGAUCCUCGUAUCAACAUUGCCCUAGAGACACCUGAACCGCUGAUCCAUUUUGCACUGGUCUGUGGGGCCAAGAGCUGUCCACCGAUCAAAACAUACAGCGCUAGUGGUAUUUAUCACGAGUUGAAGUUAGCCGCAGAAGCAUUCCUAGAGAGCAGUGAUGGAUGUGAAAUCCUCGCUGAGAAAAAUGAAGUGAAACUAAGCAAAAUCCUGCAGUGGUAUAAAGUGGACUUCGGCUGCAGUGAUGACUCGGUGUUACGGUGGAUUCAUGAACAUAUGGGAGACGGUGAAAAGAAGACUACACUAGGGAAGAUGCUGGCAAGUGGAAAUUACAAACAAUCCUAUCUUUCCUACAACUGGGCACUAAACUCUAAAAGCUAAUCUUCAUAUAGUUCCCUGGUGUUCAUCCCACAAUUGCGAUUUUCAGAAGAAUAUUUGCACUUUGUAUUUUAAUCCUCAAAAGCAGUGCCUUGAAAUGAACAAUAUCAAGUAAUGUGUAGACUCUGUGUGUAUGCAGCCAAAGCCAAUGGUAUUUGUGCCUUUGACCUGGUUGAGGGCGCUGUUCACGUUGUUCAAUGGCGCAAUAUACUAAGGUUCUUUUUGAGUCAAAAUUUAAUUUAAUGUGGAACAGUUGUUUUUAGAAUGGUUUAUGGGUGAUAAACCAACAGCAAUAUCUUGGUUUAAUGGAUCACAGUUCAAUGUCAACAACCUUUUUACUGGUAUUUUUGUAACAAUUAAAGACUAAGAUAUUGUAAAAUAAAUUUUAAAAUAUAGGUUCUAUUUGUAAUUUAUUUACCUUAUAUGGGAUUUGAGGCAUUGC